AUGUUUGCUCAUUUGAAGAACCUAUUCAAGGGAAACAAAAAGGACCAUGCACAGUCAGCUUCCUUGACAAAGCAGCAGCACCCCCAACAGCCUGCCUCCUCAACCGACUCCAAGAGAACACUCAUUGUGGCAGAGCCCAAGAAGCUACACAAUGCCAAAACUUUGACAGCAAAGCAAGUUAUCGAGAUUGAACAACGCCGUAAACGACAAUUGCCUGUGUAUCCUGGUCUAGAACGUUUCGAGCUUAUUGAGAAGCUUGGAGAUGGUGCAUUCUCCAUUGUCUACAAGGCCAGAGAUACAACGAAUGAUCAAUUGGUGGCUAUCAAGGUGGUUAGAAAGAACGAGCUUGAAAGACAUGGAAAUACUCCCCAUCUUCAUCCAAGUCUCAAAAAGAAAACUCGCGCCACUGAGAGAUCGACUAUUCUAAAAGAGGUGCAAAUCAUGCAGACUUGCAAGCAUGAGAACCUUGUUGCACUCGUUCACUUUUCCGAAUCACUGGACUAUUACUUUCUCGUUAUGGAAUUGAGCAAAGGUGGUGAACUCUUUCAUCAAAUCGUCAAGCUUACCUAUUUCAGCGAGGAUUUGGCACGUCAUGUUAUCAUUCAAGUGGCUCUUGCCAUUCAGCAAUUACACGAACGCGGCAUUGUCCACCGAGAUAUCAAGCCAGAGAAUAUCCUGUUUGAUCCUAUUCCAAUUAUACCAUCCAAAAAGACUCAGAACUUGUUUGAUGAGGACAAGGUGGAUGAAGGCGAAUUCACUCUAGGCGUGGGUGGUGGUGGUAUUGGACGUGUCAAGGUGGCUGAUUUUGGAUUGAGCAAGGUGAUUUGGGAUGAUGCGACAAAGACACCUUGUGGCACUGUGGGUUAUACCGCACCUGAGAUUGUACGCGAUCAACGCUAUCAUAAGGGCGUGGACAUGUGGGCAUUGGGCUGUGUCUUGUAUACGAUGCUUUGCGGCUUCCCUCCAUUUUAUGAUGAAUCGAUUCCAGCACUUACGCAAAAGGUUGCCAGGGGACAAUACACAUUUCUAAGCCCUUGGUGGGAUCCUAUCUCUGAUUCGGCAAAGGAGCUUAUCACCCAUUUACUAUGCGUUGAUCCCAAUGAACGAUACACAGUCGAUGAGUUUCUCAACCACCCAUGGAUAACACAAAAAAAGGCACCUGCUAUCUCGGUACCAGCCGUCGCUUCAACUCCCACAUCGAUGAUACCCCCAGACUUUAUGGAUACCACAACACCAUCAUCAGGUAGCCGACGACGUAAGGAUAUCUUUUCACCCGGUGUGGCAUCCAUCAAGGAGAUUCUCGACAUUACUUAUGCUGUGCAACGCAUUGGCGAAGAAAAGGCUCAACAACUUGGUGGACUCGCUGAGGAGGAUGAAGAAGAUGAAGAAGAUGAAGACGAACAACGAAUGAGAGCCACACAUCAUGCUAUGCCUACUGCAGCUCAAGGCGGUUUUGCAUUGGAUAUGAGCAAGGCUACCAUAUUAAAAAAGAGACAAAAGGCAACUGCUUAA